UAUUUUCUUAUUACUUCAACAUUUCUAGCAUUUGCAUUCUGCAUAUGCAGUUCAUCCUCCGAGCAAAACUGUUUCUUCAAUUUUCACUAAACUCUUUAUUUUCUGAAACAUGGCAGAGGCUUUGGUCGGAAUCGUGUUUACCAACCUCCUGUCUAUGGUUCAAAAUGAAUUUUCAACCAUUUCUGGAAUCAAGUCAAAGGCUCAAAAGCUAUCAACCACUUUAGAUCUCAUCAAGGUUGUUCUUGAAGACGCUGAGACCAAACAAGUCACAAACCAUUCUAUAAGAGUAUGGCUACAACAGCUCAAAGAUGCCGUGUACAUGCUGGACGAUAUUCUUGACGAAUGUUCAAUCGAGUCCUCUCGGCUUAUAGGACUCUCAUCUUUCAAGCCAAAGAACAUCAUGUUUCGCCAUGACAUUGGCAACAGGUUGAGGGAGAUUACAAAUAGAUUCAAUCAAAUUGUUGAGAAUAAGAACAAGUUUCUUCUACGAGAGGAUGUCACGGUUCAGGAAAACACGAUUGAAGUAGCUGAAUGGCGACAAACGAGUUCUAUUAUUGCUGAACCAAUAGUGUUUGGACGAGAAGAUGAUAAAGAGAAGAUUGUCGAGUUUCUUCUCGCCCAAGGAAGGGACUCUGAAUUUCUAUCUGUCUAUCCAAUUGUUGGCUUAGGUGGUGUUGGAAAAACAACUCUUUCUCAAUUGGUCUACAAUGAUGAUAGGGUGAGUACCACUUUUUAUACAAAAAUUUGGGUUUGUGUUUCUGAGACUUUCUCAGUCAAGAAAAUUAUGUGUUCCAUUAUAGAAUCUCUCACGAGAGAAAAGUGUGAUGCCUUGAAUUUAGAUGUAAUACAAAGAAAGGUGCUAGAAGGGUUGCAAGGUAAAAAGUACUUGUUAGUUUUAGAUGAUGUGUGGAACAAAAAUCAGCAGUCGGAAUUGGGAUUAAGUCAAGAGAAAUGGAACAAGUUGAAAUCUGUGUUAUCUUGCGGAUCUAAAGGUAGUUCGAUUUUAGUUUCCACUCGCGAUACUAUUGUUGCAUCGAUCGUGGGAACAUGCCAAACUCAUCUUUUGUCCGGUCUCUCUGAUAAUGAAUGUUGGUUGUUGUUCAAACAAUAUGCAUUUGGACAUGACAGAGAAGGGUGUGUUGAGCUUGUGGCAAUAGGAAAAGAGAUAGUAAAAAAGUGUGGAGGAUUGCCUCUUGCUGCACAAGCAUUGGGAGGUCUAAUGUACUCGAGGAGCGAAGAAAAGGAAUGGCUUGAAAUUAAAGAUAGUGAGAUUUGGACUUUGUCGGAGGAGAAUUAUAUUUUGCCAUCUUUGAGGUUGAGUUACUUUCAUUUAACGCCAACGUUAAAGCAAUGUUUUGCUUUCUGUGCUAUGUUUCCCAAAGAUACAAAAAUUAUGAAGGAUGAGUUGAUUCAUCUGUGGAUGGCUAAUGGAUUUAUUUCAUCUAGAAAAAACUUGGAGGUCGAAGAUGUUGGCAGCAUGAUUUGGAAAGAAUUGUGUCACAAAUCAUUCUUUCAAGAAAUCACGACCAUUGAGUAUUCGGGAGAAACUUAUUUCAAGAUGCAUGACCUUGUUCACGAUCUUGCUCAGUCAAUAAUGGGACAAGAAUGUAUGGCUUUAAAGGAUGCAAAAAUUACUAAUUUGCCAAAAAGGACACAUCACAUUAGUUUUCACUCAGCUAAACUUUUAUCAUUUGAGGAGGGGGCCUUCAAAAAAGUUGAAUCCUUGCGAACAUUGUUUCAGUUGGAUUGUUAUAACGGAAUAAAACACGAUCACUUUCCAACUAACUCUUCUCUCAGGGUUGUUCGUGUCGCUUCUUUUCAGAUAUCAUCACUAGCGAGUUUAAUUCAUUUGAGGUAUUUAGAGCUUUAUUUUCUUGACAUAAAAACCAUCCCUGACUCGAUUUACACCUUACAGAAGUUGGAAAUUUUAAAACUGAAAUAUCUAAGAAAACUAGUUUUUCUUCCCAAAGGUAUGUCUUGCCUAAAAAAUCUUAGACAUCUCGUCAUUGAAAAUUGUGAUUCACUGUCUAAGUUGUUUCCUUACGUUGGAAAAUUAUCUUGUCUAAGAACAUUAACCGUAUACAUUGUUAGUUUAGAAAGAGGGCAUUCGUUGACAGAGUUACGCGAUCUAAACCUUAGAAGAAAGUUGAUAAUCAAAGGCUUAAAAGAUGUUGGUAGUUUAUCUGAAGCUCAAGAGGCCAAUUUGAUGGGUAAAAGAGACCUGCAUGAAUUAUGCUUAUCAUGGAGGUUUAACGAUGAGUUCACCGAUACUCCGAGAAUUAGUGCUGAGCAAUUACUUGAAGUUCUUCAACCUCACAAAAAUCUCAAGAGCUUGAAAAUAUAUUGGUAUCAUGGAUUAUGCUUCCCAAGGUGGAUUAGAAUUCUCAGUAAUUUAGUUACUCUUGAACUUUGGGGUUGCAAGAACUUUGUGCGGCUUUCGCCACUUGGUGAACUACCAUCUCUGAAAAAACUUCAAUUACGUCAAAUGUAUAAUGUGAAAUACAUGGAUGAUAAUGAAUAUCAUGAUAGUAUGGUUGUGACGGUUUUCGCUUCUCUAGAAAUACUCUUCUUAGAUAGGUUACCAAAUUUAGAGCAGCUGUUAAAAGUUGAAAGAGGAGAUAUGUUUCCUAGUCUUUCUGAGUUGCAAAUUGCUUAUUGUCCUAAACUUAAACUGCCAUAUCUUCUUCCAUCUCUUCAAAACCUCUGUGUAAUGGGAUGUGACAAUGAGUUACUGAAGUCAGUCUCUAGAUUCUAUGCUCUUACCAGCCUUACAAUUCAUACAGGUGAAGGAGUAACAUCCUUUCCAAAAGGGAUGCUGAAAAACCUUACAUGUCUUCAAACUCUGAUAAUAGAGAAAUUUUCAAAAUUAAAGGAGUUACCAAAUGAACCACAUAACUUAGCUAUAAAGUAUCUGUGUAUCUCUUUCUGUGAUGAGCUUGAGUAUUUGCCAGAGCAAAUUUGGAAAGGUCUGCAAUCCCUUCGAAGCAUGAGGAUUGGUUCUUGUAUUGGAUUGAGAUGCUUACCGGAAGGUAUUCGACACCUCACAUCUCUUGAGGUUUUGUGUAUUGAUUAUUGUCCCAAAUUAAAGGAGCGAUGCAAGGAGGGAACAGGGGAGGACUGGGACAAAAUAGCACAUAUUCCAAAACUAGAGUUUGCUUAGAAUGGACAAGCAGAGAUAAAAGUUCAUAGUUUUAUAGAUAAUAUAUUAGAGCUUGCUAGUUAUUUUCUAAAAUAGUCUUUGCUUUUGAUUCUGUAUUGUACAGUGAUCUUUGACAGCAAGAACAAUACUCAAAUGUGCUAAUGAUAUGAUGAGCUUGUUAAUGCUUUUUGAUCUCAAUGUUAUUAUUAUUCAUAUGAAAUAUUGAAAAAAGUCAUACAACACACACUCAAUUAUAUUCACAUUGUAACAAA